AUGUUUUCGUUGUCGCAGAGAUUCCAGCACGUCAGCAAUCAAGCGUUGAGCUUUGCCAUCUUCGCAGCCGCAUUCGUUGUUGCAUCAACUUGGGUCCAGCUUUAUCGCGAUAAUGUGUUUUCAUUGAACUCCUCGAUAGGAAAUGUCAAUCCACACAUCAAUGUGAGAACUAGCAGGUAUUACGGAUCGGUGAAUGGAAAGCCUAAGGAAAAUAUACGGCUGUCGUUCGACUUGGACGCUGAUCUGACGCCACUGUUUAACUGGAAUACCAAACAGAUCUUCGCCUUCGUCACUGCGACUUAUGAUGGGAAACUUAAAAACGGGGUCAAAAGCGAGGUUACCUUCUGGGACACGAUCAUUACCGACAAGGCAGAAGCGCAUAUAACGCUUGAAAAUCUGAAGUCGAAAUACUCUGUUUGGGAUCUUGAAGAAAAAUUGUCGGAAAGAGACUUGACCUUCCAUCUACAUUGGAACAUCCAGCCUUGGAUCGGAACACUGAUUUACGGAAAAACCACCGGACAGACCAUCGUAGGCAUCCCUGAGCGUAAAGUGCCUUCAAAAAAUCAGAAUAAAUCGACAUCUGAAUCGAGAUGA